AUGAGAAAAUUGUGUAGAGAUGGAGCCGGUGUGCACUGUGUUCAUCCACUUUUAUCACCGAAUUUUGUGUGUAUCGAUCCGGCUGGUGAUAUGGAUAAAAGUGAGUUUUUUUGGUGCAAAAUUAGUGAAUUUUGGAGUGAAAAUUGAUGAAAAACGCUAUUUUUUAACCUAAAAUUCGUGGAUUUCGAAGAAAAUUUCUGAAAUUUCACCUCCAAAAUUCUAAAAAUCUCAUUUUUUCGACCCAAAGUUGGCCGAUUUUCAAAAAAAAUUUAAAUUCAGAUUUUUAGAGCCAAAAUUCUAGACAAAAAUUAGCUGAAACUCGAAUUCUGGAAUUUCAGAUUCACAUAUAUUUUUCUAGUCAAAAAAAUAACCAGAAAAUGGAAAUCUGAAAUUCCAGUUCAAAAUUUCAAAAUUUCCAAUUUUUCGGAUAAUUUUUGAUAGAAAACAUUGAAAUUCGAAAAUUUUCAAGUGAAAAUCUAUGCUGAAAAUCUCAUUUUUCCAAACAAAAUCCACCAAUUUUCCUACAUCUCCAGAAAAAUACGUUGAAUUUCUCAUAAGUCGCCCCGAUCUCCGUUUCGAAAUGUUCGAUUUCGCCGCAAAAGAUGCGGUUUUGGUGGAAAGCGAUUUCGUGAAAUUGCCUGUGAUCUUGAAUGGAAUUCUCAAGUCGCACUUCUUUUUGGCACCCGAUUCGGAGUAUUUUGGUGGAUUUAAGGUGGUGAAAAUUGAUAAGAAGAAUGGAGUGGAAAUUGAGUAUCAAGUGAAAAAUUGA